GACGUGAGAGAAGGAUACCCUACUAUGUGUUCACUAUACUUUGGCAUUGUUCCUUCAGGUGGUGGAGGCUUCUAACGGGACAACCAUGAACUGCCACAGAAACCAGACGGCUGUGACCGUCCCCAGCUUUGACUCCCGUCUCUACAUGUUGUGUUUCCUGCCAGCCAUUAUACUCCUGGUGUUCACCCCAAACCUGAAGUAUCUGGCCCCACUCUCUCUGGCAGCCAACCUGGCCAUGUGUACUAGUCUGGUCCUCAUCUACUUCUUCUGCUUCACGAACAUCCCAAAUCAUAUCAACCUGCCCAAGGUGGGUCAUGCCAAAGACUACCCUCUCUUCUUUGGAACGGCCAUCUUUGCUUUCGAGGGGAUAGGAGUGGUCCUGCCCCUGGAGAACAAGAUGCAGAAGCCUCAGAGUUUCAAUAUGGUUCUAUGUCUGGGUAUGGGCAUCGUCACCUUCCUCUAUAUCAGCUUGGGGACCGUAGGGUACAUCACCUUUGGAGAGGCCAUAGGGGGAAGUGUCACCCUUAACUUACCCAACUGCUGGAUGUAUCAGGUUGUAAAGCUUCUCUACUGUUUCGGUAUCUACAUCACCUUUGCCCUUCAGUUCUACGUGCCAGCUGCGAUCCUGAUUCCUCCUGUGUUGUCCCGCUUCUCAGAGAGAUGGGAACUGACGGUUGAUCUCCUGAUCCGCACUGCGCUCGUAGUCUUCACCU